UGGUUGAUAUUGUCAUAUUAUUGUCCGAUUGUCUUAUUGUCGUAUUGUCCCUAUUGACACUCUUCUCUUCCAAAUCAAUUGAACUCGUUUUCUUAUUGAACAACAAUGGCCAAGAGAAAGAGAGAAGUCACUGAUGACGUCGUCAAAACCAAUAAGCAGCAGCCGCAACAGCAGCCAAGUAGUCCUGCUGUGAAAAAGUCAGCCUCUUCGCCGUCCUCGUCCUCGGCCUCGUCGUCCGCACCUAUUACGCUCCAAAUCAUUACCGGUUCCUACGAGCGCGUCCUACAUGGCAUUACCGCUACUAUUCCGCAGCUGUCCACCAAUGAGAAUACCACCGAAAACUCGUCGGCGUCCAGCGAAGUGAAAUUCUCCGAUACCUUCCUAUUCAGCGCUCAUGCGUCGGCCAUUCGAUGCAUUGCUCUCUCGCCCAUCACCACUUCGGACCCGUCGCAAAAGGUACUCCUAGCUAGCGGAGGCACAGAUGAGCGUAUCAACUUAUACCACCUGUCUGCGACUCCCCCGCCGUCAUCAAAGAAAGGCGCAGUCUCAAUCCCGACCCUCGCCGGCACCACCAUCACCGAAAACCCCAAGAACCGCGAACUCGGAUCGCUCAUGCACCACUCCUCGAGCAUCAGCGCGCUAUACUUUCCCAGUCGAUCCAAGCUUCUGUCCGCCGCCGAAGACAGCACCAUUGCCAUCUCACGCAGUCGCGAUUGGACCGUCCUAUCCACCAUCAAGGCGCCGGUGCCGAAACCCCAGGGCCGUCCUAGCGGAGAUACGGCCGGACCGGGAGAAAUACCCGCCGGCAUCAAUGACUUUUCCGUCCACCCGAGCAUGAAGCUCAUGGUCAGUGUGAGCAAGGGCGAGCGCUGCAUGCGGCUGUGGAACCUAGUGACGGGAAAGAAGGCAGGUGUGCUCAACUUCACGAGAGAAAUGCUGCAGGAAGCUGGAGAGGGGCGAUGGUCAAGUGGAGAGGGCCGAAAGGUCGAAUGGGAUGCCGCGGGCGAGGAAUUUGUUGUGUCAUUCGAGCGAGGCGCUAUUGUUUUUGGAAUGGACUCUAAACCCAAAGGCCGCAUCAUGCCGCAGCCGCCUUCGAAAAUUCACCAAAUCCGCUACGUCAGCACCGAAGGCGCAACCACUGAAGGUGAAAAAGCGGAAGACGAACAACCAAACAACAUUCUCGCCGUCUCCACCGAAGACGGCCGCAUCAUCUUCUACUCUACUUCGACGCUUCUCCCGCUCUCAGAAUCCGCUAAUACUACAACUACUACUGCUCCCUCUACUGCCAACAAACCCGCGCCCACGAUCCCGCUGUGCAAACCCCUCGCCCAACUCGGCGGCCGCGCAGCCGGCGUGUCGAGCCGCAUCAAGGACUUUGAAAUCCUCUCGCUCUCGCAAUCAAGCGAUGCGGGCGCAGGCGCCGCAGACACCCAAUUCCUCGUCGUCACAGCAAGCAGCACUGGCGCCGUGCAGCUCUGGUAUCUUCCCUUGAGCGACCUUGAUCCCGAACUUGAUAUCGGCGCCGACGCCUCAACCGAAGCAGAAGCCGAAGCUGAGUCCAAAUCAAAGUCCAAAUCCAAAAAGUCGAAAAAGUCAAAAACAUCAAAAGACGCCAAUGCUGAUGCCGAUGCCGAUGUCAACGAAUCGGAUAUCCGCGCCCCCACCACACCUAGCUCAACGACGACAGCGACACCAGCGUCGACGGGCAUCAAGCAAGUCGGUCAUCCUCUCGGCGUAUAUGACACCGGAAACCGCAUUACUUGCUUAAGAGCCUUUGUCAUGCUUGCCCCUCAGCCCGGGGCCCCCGACAAUGACGAGGAGUCUCUUGAGGCGAGUGAGGAUGAGAGCAGUGACGAUGAUGAUGAUGAGUAGGUGGUGGAUGUAAUAUGAGUCUGGCGAUUCGGCAUUCCUUUUGUUUUUCCUUCUUUUUUUUCUCCUACCAUUCAUUUUCGCUUUAUUUUCAUUCUCCAUGAUAUGUGUAUAUCUCUCCCGGUCCUUCUUUUCCCGAUUGUGUGCAUAUGUAUGGGUAUCUGCGUGUUGAAAACAAGGGAGUCUUGUGACUAGUAGCUAAAAGUACGGGCGGAACAAAAAGUUUGCAUCCAAUGCAUUAAAUACAGGUAGUUAUAUGGGCAUUUCCUUUUUUAUCUUUUAGUAUUUAGUAUUUGAU